AUGCCUUGUUCUACUACUUUAAAGCCAAUUUAUCCCUUUGAAGUUUGGGUGGAAAAUUUAGCCAAUAAUGGACGAAAUGGCAAAGUUAUGGUUGACCAAAUAAAAAGCAUUGAUAAGGAAAGAUUAUUAGGGCGAGCAGUUAACCGCUUAAACGAAAAUCAGUUGGUCAAGGUUAACGAAAUAUUGCUUAAACUUUUAAAUCAAAUCACCAAAAAAGCCAAAAUCAAAUAUUUAGACAUUAGCAACCGAGAUUUAGCCGGCAAUGCGGAUUUAAGCGAAUUUACUAAUCUCCAAAGUUCUAUUUUAAUGGAUUUAUUGGAAUAUGCCCAAAGUUUAGUAGCGAGAGGACAUACUAAUCAUAAUGCUCAUACAACUUAUUUAAAAGAAUUAGUUCAAGCCAAACCAACCGAAGUGAUAAAUACCGAGAUUAAGCCAAAAACCGAGCAAAUUCCUAAUAAAAACCUUAACAAUAAUGCUUAUUUAUUAGUUGGCGAUAAUCAACUAACUAACCUCAACUUUCUUAAUAAUUUAAAUGAGGAAAAAUUAACUGGACUUUAUAUUCAAAAUAAUAACUUUCCCGAAAGUGAUUUAACUCCUUUAAGUAAGUUUAUUAAUUUAGAAAUAUUAGAACUAAAUAAUAAUAACUUUGUUGGUUCCUUGCAACCCUUGGUGGGAUCGAAUAAAUUAAAGCAUUUAACUAUUAGUAAUACUGAUAUUGAUUCGGGCUUAGAAUAUUUACCGGAGAGUUUGGAAAAAUUUUAUUGCUCAGCAGAUGAAAAACCAGAAGCGAAAGUAAAAGUUGUUUAUGAUUUGCUUGCUGAUGAAAAACCAGAAGCGGAAACAUAUGAAAGUUAUCGAGAGGUCGUUUUAAAAAGCCUUAACAAUUCUUCGGACAACAUUGGUUUUCUUCAAGAAGUAGCUAAACAUAAAAAUAUUGAUGACUGGUUUGAUAACAUCGUGCCUUGUUAUGGAAUUUCUCGGCAUCCUGAAAAUAAGAACUAUUUAAUGGUUAUGCAAUAUAUGCCCGAAGGAAAUUUAAGACAUUAUUUAGGUAAUAAAAACCAAGAACUAGGUAUAGGGAAUAAAAUUGGUCAAUUAGCAAACAUUGCCCAAGGGUUAAAGGACAUUCAUGCUAAAAACCUAGUGCAUAGAGACUUUCAUUCUGGUAAUAUUUUGAAAGGGAUUGAGAGAACUGGUUGUUUAAUUACCGAUUUAGGUUUAUGUCGACCUGCCAAUGAAGCUAAACAAGAAGACAAAGUCUUUGGAGUAAUGCCUUAUGUAGCUCCGGAAGUAUUAAGACAACAGCCCUAUACUCAAGCUAGUGACAUUUAUUCGUUUGGAAUAGUGGCUUAUGAGAUAUUAUCAGGCUUGCCUCCUUAUUAUGAUCAGGCUCAUGAUGUAAAUACUGAUCCAAAAAAACGACCAACAGCUAGUGAAUUAGAAAGAAUUUCAAGAGAGUGGCAAAGAGAGAUUGAUAAAUAUCACUAUUAUUAUGGGAAUUCAGAAUUUAAAAAACAACUCCUAAAAGCUGAAGAAUCUAAUGAAAAAUUGUCUGAUAAAAUCAAAUUUCCUGAUUAUCAAGGCAAAAAGCAUUCAGGGGCAGUUUAUACUAGUCGGCUUUUACCUACUAAAGAAAUCACUAAAUUAUUAAAUAAACUUGAAAUAGAUCCAUGUCUUAUUGAUGAUAAUCUGAAAGCAUUAGCCAGAGAAUUUAUUCGAGCUAACAAAGAAUCAAUAAAAAAUGAAAAAGAUGUAGAAGCAAUGGCUAGAGUCGAAAAAUUAUCUAAAGUUUUUCAAGGAUCACUAGUCAUUGAAAAUUAUUCAGAACUGGAAGACUUAUUGAUUGAAAAUUGUCCUCAGUUAAAAAUAUUAAACCUUAGUAGUAAUUCUUUAACUAAUUCAGAGUUCUUAGCAAACUUAGAAAGUUUGGAGAAGUUAGAAUUAGAUGGCAAUACUGAACUAACUGAAUUAAUCGAGAAGUCUAUCAAGGAAAAAGUUGUAAAUCAGUUAGAUAGCGAAUUAAGUGAAAUAAGCAAAAGAAUAGUAGAGAGAAAAGGGAGCUUCUCUGAAUCUGGAAAUACAGAUGAGUUAACGUCGAUUGCAGGAGAAGUAGUUAAAAACUUAAAGGGGAUAAAUGAAAACUUGAAAAAUGAAUUGGCUGAAUCGGACUCAAAAGUUCAAGAAUUAGAAGAAAAAUUCAGGGCUAAAGAAGAAGAAAUUAGCCGAUUAGAAUUACGCUUGCAAGGAUUGGUCGAGGCAAGUAAAAUCCAAAAAGAAAAAAUUAUUAAUUCUCUUUUGCAAGUUUUUCCUGAGAAAAGAUUGCUACAAGAAUUAAUCGGAACUCACUUAGAAUUUACCAAAGCAAAAAAACAAAAACUUCCUUCGCGGAAACUUGAAAAAGAAUGCCAAAGGAUCAAAAAUGAAUUAGAAGAGAGGCUAAAUGAUGAUGAAGAAUUAAUGGAAAAAGUGGAAACUAUUUUAACUGAUUGCGAAGAGUUAGUAGAUCAAGAAUUAGAGUUAGAGGCAAAAAUUGGUGGCAAGACCUCAUUAAUCGAAAGCAAAAAACAAAUCCUGUUGCAAAUGCCUAAUGGUAGAGAAAAAGAUGAAAAAAUCCGUCAAUUAGAACUAGAACUAGCUAAAACCAAAGGGCAGUUAGAAGAAAGCAGAUUAGUUAAACCAACCCAAUUUUUUAAUUUUUCUGGUGCUAGCCAACAAGUAGCAAUAGGUGAUAAUUCUUCUUUCACUAACUACCAAAUCCAAUAUAACAUUCAACAAAAAUUAAAAAGUGAGUUAACUGAACUCAAACAAAGUUAUCAAUCUUUAGAGUCAAUCAACGAGCCUGCUACUGAUCCUCAAAAGUUAAAAAAAACUAUUCUUCUUUUAGCCACUAAAAAAAUCUUGGCUAAUACUCGGCAAAACACUAUUAACAGCUUAAUUACCACGGAGGAGAAAUCAGAAAAAACUAGUCGAAUAGCUAUUAGAUUAGAAAGUAUUGGGCAACUAAUUGGUAAUGUAGAAGAUUUUGCUGACAUUGUUCCGGGUGGCAAAAUAGCAACCAGAUUAUUAAGCAAAGGCUUACCUAUAGCUGCUAAUCUCCUAAAAAAGCGUUCUCUUAAAAGCCAAGCCAAAGAAUUUAAAGAUUGUUUGAUAGAAGAUGAAAAAACUCUCGCUUUACUGCAAGAAACUUAUAAAUCAUUAGAUAAAUCUUUACAAAGCGAAAAGCAAGGCAAAAUGAACUCUGCUCUGGCUAACUUGCUUAGCCUUGGCCAAGAACAAAUCGACCGAUAUAGUGUCUUUAAAAUAGGAGACCUCAAAGAAGAGGAAAAACUAACUGCUGAAAAAAUAAACCAAGUUAUUGAUGAUCUUACCGAAUGCCUAGAAAGCUUAGUUCAAGAAUUAAAAAAUGAGGUAGGAAAGUUUGCCGAGGAAAUAGAAACUCUUGCAGAGGAUGAUAAACUAUUAUUAGAGGUUGAAGAAUUACUAAAUAAGUUAAGUGAACAAACUUCUCGACCACAAACCGAAGCCCAAAUCCUCCAACCUCCCAAAAACUCCUAA